AUGGAAGACCAUUCCAAACGCGUUACAUUAAGUGCGGAAAAGACAAAUGUCCCACUUAUGAAACGAAUUGUUGAACAUGCAAUUUUGGAUGAAAAGCGCCAAAACUUUAUUCAAGAAUUCUUAAAACGAAAAGAUGACAUCCCAAAAUUAGUGACAGAACUUUACAAUAAUGAUAAAGUUGGAAUCGAAAAUCAGCUCGAAACUAGUGAUAAAAUUGUUUGUGGAAUAAUUCAAAAUGGAGACGAUUUUAUAACAAAUAUUCGGUCAGCAAAUGAUCGGCGUGAAGUUGAAAGAAGGAUUACUGAAGCAGAAUUGCGGGAAUGUCUAUUAAGCGAUCUUCAGAAAGAUUCACAACUAUCACUUAUAAAGUUGGAAGAUAUUUCAAAGAAGUGGAAUGAGAUUGAAAACAUCUUUGACCCUGUUGAAAUCUAUAAAAACCUUGAAUCUCAAAAAGCAAGAAUUAACGAUUUAAUUGAUCAGAAAUUGACAAUCAUUAAUGAGUGUCGAGAUGAAUUGAAUUCUGCUGAUGUGAGAUAUAUCCAAGACUUGGAUAAGCAUACCAAUGACAUUCAUUGCUUAGUGGAAAGAAUAGACAAACAAGUGGAUGUUGCUAAAAAAACUUAUCGUGAGCAUUUAGAUAUGCUUCAAAAAACAAUCGAAGAUGAAAGGAAAAUAUUUCAAAUUAUUAGCACAAAAAAAUGGGAAUCUAUGUAUGAGAAACGGGCUGUCAAUGAAGAAAGUCGAAUGCGACGUGAGGCGGAAAAAAACGAACAUUAUGUCAACGAAAUUAGAAGAAUUCAACUCAAUCACAGUGAACUAAUUAGAGCUACCAAGAUUCGAUUAGAUAAUGACAAUGAAGUUCUAGAAAUUGAAGUUCAAAAACUAAAACGAAACAUAACUCUGAACUCUGAAAAAUUAGAUUACAACUUUCAGGUUUUGAAGAAGCGAGAAGAUGAAAAUGUAAUGGUUCGCAAUCAGCAAAAGCGCCGUUUAUCAAAACUAGUAGAUACAAUUCUUACACUUAAACGUAAAUUAAAAGAAGCAAAAUCGACAAGCGUAUUCGAAACAAAAAAGUUCACUGCUGAUAUAAUGAAAUUGCAUGGCAAAAUCCUGGAUCUUGAACAAAAGAGUAACUUAUUUUCAGAACAGAAUAACAAGAAAUAUCUGACGGUUUGGGAUAUCAAUUUCGAAGAAUGUGAAAAAAUUCUUGAACAAAUUUUAAAGAUUGACAAAAUACUUUGGGAACAACAGCUUUGUAUUAAAUGGGAGGAUCCUAAGAUUAAUAUCGUUAAACGUGAAGACUUGGAGUCUUUUAGAUCUGCACAAAACUCUACUUUAGUUUCAGUUAACGAUUCUGAUAACAAAACAAAAGCUCUCAAUUUCUACGAUGACGAUCCAUUCCAGCCAAAAACACCUUAUAAUGAGAUUAUAGACGAAAAGUUAACAAAAAUUAUUUUUCAUGCUAUUGCUAACAAUUCUGGGUUUUUAAUUGAAAGCAAAUUAUCUCAUUUGUUGAGUUCAUACUCAAGAUCUGAUCAGACAAUUAUUCAUCUUGACGCGGUUCUCAAUGCUCUAGGAAUAAACAAAUCAGAAGAAAUUGAUUUAAUCAAAAAUUAUUUCUUAUCUUUCAUAAAAUGUAAGAAAUGUGGCAUGAAACUACUUUCUGUGGACUAUAUGGAUUGCAUAGCAAUUGAAAAUAUGGAGGAUGAUCAUGAAUUUGAAUUGAAGACCUUGGAUGUUUAUAAUGUUCUCACAAAGUUUAUGAAAGAACACAUAAUCUCCUUAAAUAAAAUGAUGCCGAAAAAAAACAUAAUUAAACGUAUAAAUACACAGAAAAAUAUUAUCGACCCACUGACUGCUCAAAAAGAUGUCGACAAAUGUUUCAAAUCUCUCGAUUUUCCUGAUGAACGCGACAAAAUAUGGAAUGUGUUAACUGAUGGUCUUCAAAAUUAUCUCAAAGUUUUAAAUGAACGUGAAGCUCUUGAAAAAGAAUGUGAAUUCUUACGUAAUCAGAAUCGCGAACUUAAUCAUCUUUUGCAAAAAUUUGUGCCGGAAUCGUUAUGUCAUUCGUUUUCUCCUCCAAAAUAA